CCCCCCCCCCCCCCCCCCCCCCCCCCCCCCCCCCCCCCCCAUUCCACCCACGCACUUUCUUCUAGAAUUCCACAGGAUCUGCAUUCAGGAGAGAGCGAUAGCGAAGCAUCCUGAUGGACUCAUCCGGGGGUUUGACUCGUCGGAGAGGUGGUAACCGCGCCACCGGGGCCGCCGACGACCACGACGACAACAGUCGAGUCUCCUCCCCCGCGCCCAGGAACGGCGACAGUCGCACGCCAGAGACCUCUUUCACGGCCGGAGAGAAUGGACACAAGAUUGCGUUCGACCCGCGCGACAUCAGCGAGAACCAGGAGCGGAAUAAGCAGCCCAAGUUGACUCUGAUGGAGGAGGUGCUGCUACUGGGGCUGAAAGAUAAGCAGGGCUACCUUUCCUUCUGGAACGAGAAUAUCUCCUACGCUCUGCGCGGCUGCAUUGUGAUCGAAUUGGCUCUCCGUGGCCGGAUAAGCAUGCAAAAGGACUCUUCACGCCGGCGGUUUCCGCUCGCGGAUCGCAUCAUCGAGGUUAUCGACGACACAUUGACAGGGGAGGUCUUGCUGGACGAGGCGCUGAAGAUGAUGAAGUCGAGCGAGAAGAUGAGUGUCAGCUCGUGGAUUGAUCUGCUGAGCGGGGAAACGUGGAACUUGAUGAAGAUCGGCUAUCAACUGAAGCAAGUCCGGGAACGUCUGGCCAAGGGUCUCGUCGACAAGGGUAUCCUCCGCACCGAGAAGCGUAACUUCCUCCUCUUCGAUAUGGCAACGCACCCUGUUGCGGACGGCGGUGCCAAGGAUGAUCUACACAAGCGGGUGCGCACAAUGUGCAGUAACCGCACAGUGGUCAUCCCGGCGAACCAGUGGCUCCCCGAGGACGUCGAGUUCAGAUAUCUCCGGACGGUGACCAUGGUCUGCGCGGCCUAUGCGGCCAAUGUGCUGGAGAACGCUUUAGUCACCAUGAGCCACGAGUCGCGGGAGCGUGCCUUUGCUCAGGUGGAUGAGCUGUUGGCAGAGUACUCUCAAUGGCCGUUUGGUCGACGAGCCGGUGGCGGACAGGCUAUCGGGGCUAACCUGGCCCAAGCCAUUAAUGACGAAAUCAACCGGGCCCAGGAUAAGGAACUCCAACUUGAGAAGAUCGAGAUCUCCCUGAGCGCAGGGCACCCGAACCUCGCCUCGCUGACACGCGGGCUCAACAAGUUCUUCACGAAAACCUCCAGCCGAGAAGCCCAGCAAGCCUGGCUUGUGCGCUGGACCGACCUGCUCGUCACGCUAAGCUGGCACCGCGAAGAGGAGAUCGAGCUGCAGACGAUCAUCGACGACCUGCAUGCUUGGGAUCCCCGGCUGGGAGAUCAUACGUCGCGACUUGAGAGCUUGCUACAACGGACAUGGGAGGAUCGCCGUGCGUACCGAGCUGUCGUGGGGGAGUGUCCCUCUGGUGCCUGGAUCAGGGAACACUUCCAGCAUUGUCAUCCGCGGGAUCGGAGAUGCAGGUUGAAGACCAGGGCGAAGGACGCAGGUCUGCGCGGGUGUACGCUGCGCGGGGGGUGUUGCGGAUGGGAGUGUCAGUGCUGUCGUGACGAUGAGGAAGAGCUCAACGAGAAGGAAAUGAUGAUGAUGGAGGUGGAAGACACUUACUGGUAACCUUUUUCCAGGGUUAUUGUUACCAGGAAGAAGACUACCUAGAAAGAAGUUUAAACCAAUAUACUAU